AAUAAUAUCAUUAAAAAAAAAUAAGAAUUUAGAAGAGAAAUUCAGAUUGUAUAAUUGAUUGAAAAGUUGAUUCAUUUUUCAAUAUGAUUAAGAAUCGUUUCUGUCUUUUCGUUGCAUUUCUCAAUUUUUUGUUUUUGACAGAUGCUGCUUCUGAUUAUAAUUUGAUUAACUCUUCUUUCUUCCGUUUAUAUAAUAGAAAUGGUUCUUAUAUUGAUACAAAUGUUAAAAAUGCUAGUAUAUUAUUACCUUACAUAGAAAAGAAUAAUAGUUUAUUAGUACUUUAUAUCACUGGCUAUACAUAUGACAUCGAUUCUGAGAAUGUUAAACUCAUAACGGGUGUGUAUUUAAAUUACACGCAGCAUAAUAUCCUAGCUCUUGAUUAUCGAAGUAUCACACAAGCAAAUUAUUUAACUGCUGUAUAUGCGAUUAACGAUCUCGGCAAACUUGUUGCUGAUGCUUUAAAUUCAUUGGUAAAUGGUGGUGUAGAUUCAGAAAUGAUACAUAUAAUUGGACACUCGCUAGGUGCACAACUUGCAGCAAGAAUUGCUCGCAAUGUGAACUUUGUAAUACCUAGAAUAACAGGUUUAGAUCCUGCCGGUCCUUUGUUUUAUUUUCUCAACUCUCAUUUGAUAUCUUCUGAUGCUAGGUUUGUAGGUAUUAUACACGCUGAUAUUGGUGGUUAUGGUCUGGCAUUAAAAACUGGAGACGUAGACUUCUUUCCUAAUUAUGGCCAUAGACCUCAACCCAAUUGUCCGUUAAUCGGCCCAUUAUUAUCGCAAAUGGAUUUUUGCAGUCACAGUAGAUCUUUCGAAUUUUAUGCGGAAUCGGUUAAAAAUCAUACCUCCUUAAUAGCAAAGUGUUAUUCAUUAAGUGAAUGCGGCGGUGUUGAAUAUAUUUCAAUGGGAUAUGCUACACCUGUCAAUUCGACUGGUAACUAUUACCUUCUAACGAAUGGAGAGAGUCCUUUCGGUCGAGGUUUAGCAGGAGCAACUUUUAAUCCAUCGAAAAUUGUUUCUAUUUUGUAAAUUGAUAUGAUAUCGAUAUGAUAUUUAUUAUAUUUAUAAUAUUAUUAUUAAAAAUUGCGUAAUAUUAAGUUACAAAAUAAA